AUGGCGGGCUCCUCCACCCCUCCCACCGACCCUUUCUUCCAGUCCGACCCGCCUUACAGCGCUCCUAACCCGGCCACCUCCCCGCACCUCCCCGGAGCGUUCCUGAGCGGCAGAGUCCCGGUCAGCGUGAACGGGACGAGAGGCGGCGGCUGCGGAGGGGAGACCCCCCACACCGAGUGCAGGAUGGUGGAGGUGCACGGCGUGAAGGUGGCGUCGUUCACGGUGAACGGCGCGGAGCUGAUCUGCCUGCCGCAGGUGUUCGAGCUGUUCCUGAAGCACCUGGUGGGGGGGCUGCACACCGUCUACACCAAGCUGAAGCGGCUGGACAUCAGCCCGGUGGUGUGCACCGUGGAGCAGGUGCGCGUGCUGCGCGGGCUCGGAGCCAUCCAGCCGGGAGUGAACCGCUGCAAGCUCAUCACCAGGGCCGACUUCGAGACGCUGUACCGGGACUGCACCAACGCCAGCUCUCGUCCAGGUCGGCCUCCAAAGAGAACUCUGGGCGUGGCCUCCAUGACUGACGGAUCCAGGCUCCUCCCACACAGCCUGUUAAGCCCCACCCUGCUGUCUCAGAGAGGUUUGACAGCGGCGGCAAUGGCCGAGGCUCUGAAGCUGCAGAAGAUGAGGAUGCUCAUGCGUUUCCAUGGCAGCAGUGAUCAGCAGCGACAUCACAGCGGAGCCGAGUCAGAGAACGAUGACACAGCAGGAGGCAGUGAAGGAUCCUGGGAAAAGGAGCAGCAGCUCCUCUCUCCUUCCUCUUCGAUUGUAGCGCCACCUGCUGGUUCAGCAUCUCUACACUUCAACACUUUGCAGCAGCAGAGCUCGCUAUUAACCAACCGUCUGUCGGACCUUCCUUUCAUGGUUAUGCCACACCCCCUCCUCCCUGUGGGCUUGCCUUCUGCCAGUGUUGCUAUGGCGAUGAAUCAGAUGAGUCAGCUCAGUAGUUUAGCAAACAUGGCCGCUGUGUCACGGGCCCAGACAGAAGAGAGCAAGACAUCUCCUAUAGGAAGCUCCUCCCCAUGCCCCACUCCAAGUGACGAUGAGCUACACCCCCAGGAACCAACCAGCCAAUCCCCUUCCAGGGCAUCUUCAUCUGCGUCAUCAUCACCCCCUCCUCCAGCACACACGCCAGAGCUGGAUGAAGACAGCCUGCUGCCCCGCCCCCUCAUCAAACCAACCUAUGAGAAGCUGGCACUCACCUCUCAGCCACUUUCAAUCAACCACACACACACAACCUUUGGCCCCUUCCUAUUGGCUGACGGUCUGUUGUCCAUGGAGACGCUGCUGACCAACAUACAGGGUCUCCUGAAGGUGGCGGUGGAGAGCGCUCGCUCGCAGGACCAACAGAACCAGCAGGAGAGGAAAGACAUGAAGCUGGAGCUGCAGAGAGAGAGGGACGCCCGGCAGAGCCUGCAGAGACAGCUGAGCUCCGAGCUGCACGCCAGAGUGUCGGUCCAGAGGAGGCUGAAGAAGGAGAAGAAGGCGAAGAGGAAGCUGCAGGAGGCGCUGGACUUCGAGUCGAGGAGGAGAGAGCAGGUGGAGCGAGCUCUCAAACACUCCGACUCGCUCACAGAUGCUGCGACUCCUGAGAGCGAGCUGGAGAACAAACAGCAGGAGAACUCAGCAGCUCACGAGAGCCGAGUGUUCAACAAACCUCCGCUGCUCUUCUGAGACGCUCGCUCCACGACUCAAACAGCCACCUGUCUGACCUCAUUAUGAAGAGUGUGGAGGACACCAGGAAGAGGGAGGCGUUUGUGAUGUCAUUAGGUGAAAAAUGACCUCACGAAAAAGCUCCACCCAUAGGAUCUGCUCCUGAAACUAAUGUGGAACUGGGCUCAGUGUGAACUCAAGCCUGCCGAAAAGAAAGAUGUUCUCACCUGAAGGGGCGGAGCCACACCUGGACUCUUUUUUUUUUUUCUCUUUUCUUGAUAAACUUGUAUCUGAUGUUUGUUACCUGAAACUGAUGCAGCGACACAGGUGUGGUUCUGCUUUGGUCUUUAUGCUCUUCAUCACAGCUGGGUGGCGACACGGCUAACGAGCUGAGUCUUAAUGAGGCAGCAGUCUCUUUCUGAUUUAUUCUGUUCUAUUUACUGUACAGUUUCAUUAUUUUGAUUCUAUUUUGUUGUUGUAAAAAAAACGAAUCCCUGAUUAACUCGUUUCAUUGACUUUGUCGAUGAUUGCAGACAGAACCGGGACAGGCAACUAAUUACUGAUUAUUGAUCAACAGUUUGGUCCUGAACGACUCUUCAGACCUCACAUUAAACUUUGUUUUAAAAUCAGCUGAAAUAAAUGUUUCUAAUCUACCUGCUGCUGACCAAUCACACAUCUUCCUCCUGUCCUGCG